AUGCGGUAUCUUCACCCCAAUGUGGCUGUGCUUAACGCCGAGCAAUAUGAUGGUGGGCGGCAUCCUAAACGGCCCUCUUCUAAAGUUAAUCGGAAGCCAAAUACUACUGUCGUCCCUACUGACAAUGCUCCUAACCCUAGAAAGAGGGGAAGGAAGUCAGCCGAUCGUGAACUAGAUGGUCCGGCGGAGGAGACGAAACGGUCCAGAGGUCGGCCGCGCCUUGAAACCAAGGACCAAACUCCCGGCGAGCGGCGACGGACACAAAUUCGACUUGCGCAGCGGGCGUACCGUAAUAGGAAAGAAAAUGCCAUCACGGACCUUCAAGCCAAGAUAGACGACCUUAAGAGUGUGAACAGCGAAAUCAAUAAUGCGUAUCAAGACUUAUUUAACUAUGCCUCUCAGCGUGGACUCCUAGCUCAGGCGCCUGAAUUCAGCCAGCAACUCCAAAAGCUCCAAACGCUUAUCAAACAGACCCAAGAACAGGAUAACUCUCAAGUCAAUGAGCAUAACAGUCCAGAAGGACACUCCGACGAUGACCAAAGGGACGUACAGAAUCCUGAAGACCUUGUUACCGAUGAAGAACCUGUAUCUACGCUACCUAAUGAUCAAACACCAGCUCUAUUGAGUGGCAUUGCAGUUUCACAUGAGCCCGUGGCCCAACCAGAACUUGAUGCAACAUUCGGCCUGGACCCGGUGUCAAAUAACGCCCAUGCCCACAACUAUGAAGUUAUCACGGCGCCGACUUUCGAAAACGCUAGCUUUGGCCUAAAUGUGCCUAUCAACACAGGUUUUUUAGACCCAGUGCAUUCCUCCUGGGCGAGUCAUCCGUGGAACAGGCUCACUGGCCCACACACCAUGUCUUUUAACGAGUGGUCGUUCGCUCGAAGGUUGCACCGCCACACGGUUGAAAGGGCUGCAGCUCUUAUUUCAAUGCCUAACCCACCUCCGGCUAAGUUGACGCGCGUUUUUGGGUUUGUCAUGUUAUUCGAAACCGUCGAUGAGAUAAGAUCGCGGACGGUGGCUACGCUCGACAGUAAUAAGGAUGAACCUUUGAGUUAUUGGAAGUACCCAUUUCAUAGGCUCGGCGGCUCCGGUACUCACUUCCCUGACCAGGCGGGACCAUCCAGUCUUUCGGGCUCGUCAACCUACCAGAGUCCAGGAUUCGGGACAGGACCCUUCAACGAGAGGACGACGAGGGUAAACGACACCCUACUAGGACCUUCCCAGUACAUCAAUAUGAGCGGUUGGGAGGGCACAUGGUUCGACUCGGACGAAGUAGAGACUUAUCUUGCACAGAAUGGAGUAAUUAUCCCGACGGCGGCCGAUAUACACACUGUCGAGAUCCAUCCAGGGGCGUUUUCCGACGUACAGUUACACUCUCAUCCCCAGCACAUGCAAGAUAUCCACCCGAAUGCAAUGAAUAUACCGCACAUAGAUGCAUCAUUCACUCUGGGACCACCUGCAACUAUUUCGUCUACGAUAGGAGAUCCUUCCCUCUCGACCGGGUCUGGUAUCACCACCGCCAGUACAGCUCCCCCGUUAGUGCCAACCAACUCUUGGCAGCCUAUUCCCGCCUCCUCAAACUUCUACGGUGGUGCACAGCAUACAGAGCAACUCACCCCGCCUUUUACCGCCUUUGACGACGUGACGGCCAAUACAUUUGUUAACCCUUCGUACUAUUUUCCGAAUCACGAAAUCGAGUUACCAGCCCCGGCAAUAACAUCGAGGAGAGUCGUUCUGGAUGUGAAUCAAUUUAUUUCAGGAUUGAUUGGAUCUGCCACUUGUCUCGGACGAGCCCCUUCUUUUAGACCUAAAGACAUCGUGAGCUCGUUCUGGAAUGCUGUGAUUGGUUAG